GAAAAACAAAACAAGGCGAAAGUGAUAUUGAAUCGGUGAAGGAAGGACGCCAGAGAGAGACGAGAUGAAGAUGGUGUAGAAAUGGUGGUGACAGUAGCGCCGGCGGUGGUGUUGGGGUUGCGAUUUUGAUUUGUUGAAUUUCAGUCAAGAUUUAGAUUUCGAUUCGAUUCGAUUUCCAUUCCGGUUUGGGUUUCUGGAUUUGAAUUGAGAUGAUGAUUCAAUAUUUUAGUCGAAGCGGUGGGAAUUGUGACCGGUGGUGGUCUUGCUUCAUGCCGCUACUGGGUUUGAAUUUGAUUUUUUUCGUUUCAAUUUUGUUUAUUAGUUUGAUCGUGGUUGUGCUUGUGCGUAGUUGGGUGGUGGUUGUACGCAGUAUGACGGUGGUAGUGGGCUGUAAGAAAGUGAUUCGGAGGUGGUGGUGCACCGUAGUGUCGUGCUUGUGGGCAUUGGUUGAAGUGAUACAAUGGCAUUGGUGCACCGUGGGGAUGGAGGUGGCGGUGGUGAUUCCUAUACUUUCUAACAGCCGUAACCGUUACGCUCAAUAUUUUACUAUAUACUGGGGUUAAACGUUUACCUGCAAAGCGGGUAAACCACGUAGGAUAGUAUAAAGUGAAGUCUGCCCUAAUUAUUUUUUAGGUAGGAAAUUUCCUUGAGAUGGGUUAGUACUUUUCGUGGCUACUAAUUAACAGAAUACAAGACAUCUCUCACAACAUGAUUCUUAUCAGGUUAAGGCCCUUAUAUGGUACUUUGAAAGUAAACCAUAGGUUAAUUUAUUUUCCUUUACCUUCCCUUCUGGAGCUUUGAAUAUCAGACUAGCAAAUACAAUGGUUGCAUGGCCUUUCAAGUAUCUUUUGCAGCUUCUGCUUAUAUUAUACCAUAUGAAUCUCCUAUCAUCUCAAAGUGUUCAUGAUCAUGCGACAGCGCCCGCAUCAUGGAUAAACAACAGCCGGUCCAUUAUCAAUGGCACAUGGUCUGAAUCUUUCAGGGCAAUCAUACUGUUGAAAGAGAUAUCAGAGAGUAGUUAUGACAUUUCUUUUUUUGCAUGUGGAUUCUUCCUCCAUCCAGGAAAUGAUACCUUUUUUUUUUUUGCAAUUGGAAUAGUUCAUCUGCUUAUAUAUUCACAUAAUGACACUUCAGUGGAUGUUGAUUUAGUUUGGUUUACAAACAGAAAUAAGCCUGUUGGUGAGGGUGCAACUUUGAAUUUACUUUCUUCUGAUGGAGAUUUGAUCUUGAGAGAAGCAGAUGGAACUCAAGUGUGGUCUACCAACACUUUCAACACAUCCAUGGCUGGUAUAAAGUUGAUGGAAACAGGUAAUCUUGUGCUUUAUGACAAGUUUAAUCGUACUAUCUGGCAAUCUUUUGAUCAUCCAGUAGACACACUGCUUCCUGGGAAGAAACUGAUGGCAGGCCAAAAGCUUGUGGCUAGAGUUUCCACAGAUGAUUGGACAGAAGGCGACUAUUAUUUAACCGUGACCUCUCAUGGUCUGUUUGCUUUUUACCAAUCCAAUAUGCCUCAGAUGUACUUCAAAUUUCUGGUUCAAGGGACUGGAGAAAGCACAGACACAAGCUAUGUCAAAUUCAUUAAUGGCACUCUUGCUUUAUAUAUAUCAUCAACUGAACCAAGUGAACCAGAUGCAGUGUUGUUGAAACCGUCGAGAAUGCAAUAUAUGAAAUUUGAUCCUGAUGGCCACUUCAGAGUUUACAGUGGCAUUAAUGGAGACAUUGCUGAACCAGUUGAUUUAUUUGCAAAUUUUUUGAGUGCAUGUGAUUAUCCCAAUGCCUCUGGCAAUUUUGGGCUCUGCGUAAAUGGACUUUGUUCUUGUCCUGGUGGAUUUGUUCGAGCUGAUGUUUCAACUGAUCAAAAUGACAAUGGAUGCAUGGAAAUUAGCCAGACAACGUGCACUGAUCCUCAUUCCUAUGGAUUCCUGCAGCUUGCAGAUGUGUAUUACUUUAACUAUGUCGACAAUGAUGCUGCAGUCCUCAAAGGAACCAAUGUGGAGAGUUGCAAAGAGGCAUGCUUGAAAAACUGUUCCUGCAAAGCUGCUCUAUUUUGGUAUUUUAAUUACGUUUCACAUGGGAACUGCUUCUUACCCUCACCAGUAUUCUCACUUAUAAGUGAUGGAAAGGAAAGAAAUGUUUACCAGUCUUCUGCAUUUAUCAAAUUUCGAACGAUAGGGCAAACAUAG